UUUUACUUGGCUGGCCGGAACGGUCUCCCUCGUCCUCUUUCUGCGCUAAGGACGUUCACGGGUCAGGGCGCAGGUGCUUCCGCCAUGGCGGCCACGGCGAAGACCGUCAAGGACGUGCAGUCCCAUGAGUUUGUGAAGGCAUACGCAGCACAUCUGAAGAGGACAGGAAAGAUCGAGCUCCCCCCUUGGCAUGACCUGGUCAAGACCGCCGCAUACAAGGAGCUGUGCCCCUUCGAUGCGGACUGGUACUAUGUCAGGGCGGCCUCCAUCGCUAGGCACAUCUACCUCCGGGGGGGCGUCGGGGUUGGCGGGCUGAAGAAGCGGUUCGGCGGCAAGAGCAACCGGGGCGUGCGGCCCGGGCACUACGCCAAGGCGAGCGGCUCCGUCCAGCGGCACGUCAUGCAGCAGCUCGAGGCGCUCAAGAUCCUGGAGAAGCACCCCAACGGUGGAAGGAGGAUCACGUCCGACGGGCAAAGAGAUCUGGACCGUAUUGCGGGCCGUAUCGAGGACCGGAAAGAGCCCUCUCCCAUCGCCCUCAUCCAGCCGGCAGCUCCCACCCCUGCCGAGGAGGAGACUGCUGCGUAAUUGACAGUUGUGUCGCGAUCGAAAAACACUUAUGUACUUACGUAUUGCAACGCUCUGAACUGGCACUGAUUUAUCUCGACUCAAGCCUUCUGCUUAUGUCCGGUUAUAACUUAUCAGUGCUCUGGCAUGUCCGGUAUCAUAACUUAGGCCUGCAAUGGGUGCCACCGACCUGUUUGACGCUUGC